AUGCACUACAAGCGCUUUUGGUUGUGUGCAUUCAUUACUUUAAUAGCCAUGUCUGUUUCUCUUUUAGCAAAACGAGGAGCGUGGCCUCGCGGGAGCCACUUAAAUUCGGCUUUCCGACUGGGGCGUACUGUACCUAGACGCUCUUUUUCAUUCUCGUCAUCUUCGUCUGGAUCAUCGAAGGCUCUGAAAGGUCCAGUUCCACCGCUGGGACCAUUAUCAGGCCACAGCACUGCCACAGCAUGUCACAACUAUGAUAAUGCGGUGAGCCACUAUUCUCACUAUGAUAUUGCGGUGGCAUUUCAGCCCAAAACGAGAGAAGAUACAAACAAAUUUGCACGAAAACAACGCAAAUCCAUCCCAGCAAGCCAGCUGCCAAGCGGAGAAGACAACUUGUUUGUGAGUAGGGAACGUGAGGGCGGAUACGUUGCGUUAGGAGUGGCCGAUGGUGUUGGCGGUUGGGCCGAAGCUGGAUACGAUUCGUCUGCUAUUUCCAGAGAACUCUGUCUGUUCAUUCGUCAGGACUUUGAACUGGCCACAGCUUCUGAUUUGGUGAAUUUGACGCCAAGGGAACUUCUCAAAGCUGCUUUUGAGCAGGUUACAUCAUCGCCCAAAGUUGAAAUAGGAGGAACCACGGCAUGCCUUGGAAUUCUAUCGCCAGACCGUCAACUUAAGGUUGCUAAUUUGGGAGAUUCAUGGUGUGGAGUGUUCCGCGAUCAGAAAAUCGUCCACGAAACGACGUUUCAAACACACAAUUUCAACACACCUUUUCAGCUUGCGAAAAUUCCUCGCCAAAUCGUCCGCAAAGCGGAAUUGGAAGGACGACGCUAUAUCAUAGACACGCCAGAUAUGGCUGAUGAGUAUUCUUGGCAACUACAAAAGGGGGAUAUAGUGAUGUUUGCAACGGACGGAGUUACAGAUAAUGUGGUACCACAGGAUAUUGAAACAUAUUUACAAGACUACGUUGCACCUGAUCUGACGCCAGAGCAAAUAGGGAAGGCUACAACGAGAUUCGUUGAGGAGGUUGUGAAAGUGUCAAAGGAUGCUAACUUUCCUAGUGCUUUUGCUCAAGAAUUGUCCCGAUUAACCGGCCAAAAGUACCUUGGAGGUAAGGAAGAUGACAUCACAGUUGUUGUAGCACGAGUAUCAUGA